CAUUGAAGAUCAGCUGUUAAACAGUGUGCCCCUGCCCUGAAACAUAUUGCUGUACUAGUUUUACCCUACGUGCGCCGCUCACACGCAACUGACACCAGUCUGUAUUUGAAGAUUUUCGGCUUAAAAUAUUAGUUAAAUUUAACGCAUUACCUUUGCGACGGCGCCGACAUGACAACGCCCACGCGUGCAACCCUCGAGGCGGCCUUGAAAAACGAUGUUAAACUACAAAAGACGGCCGCACAAAUAGCUAAAGAUGUGACCGCCGGCAGCUAUGACCUUGCCAUCUUGGCUGAAGAGUUGGGGUUUGCGCUCACGUCUCAGGACACAGAUGCGCGUGUGGCCGGCACCAAUCUAUUGUCGUCGGUGCUGGCGGGCUUGCCAGUAGAUAUCCUGAAUGCACAACAGUUGGAGUUCCUGACCACAUUCUACACUGAUCGCUUGCGUGAUCAUCACAAUGUUAUGCCCGCCAUCAUCGAGGGCAUUAAUGCUUUGGUGCAUAUGAAGAAUUUGCCUUCUCAAUAUGUGCCUAUGAUACUGCAGUCGUUCUUCCAGCAUACCACCUGCCAGUCGCAAACGCGUGGCGAUCGUACCAAGCUAUUUAAUCUAUUCCAGUACCUGACAUUGCAUUUCAAGAAUGAGCUUCAAACGAUGGCCGGUGACUUUCUGUAUGGCCUAAUUAAUUCCAUUGAUGGCGAGCGCGAUCCUCGCAACUUGGACAUCAUAUUUAGUUUCAUGCCCGAUUUUAUAGCAAAUUAUCCGCUGCUGCAUUUAGCUGAGGAAAUGUUUGAAAUCUUUUCCUGUUACUUUCCUAUCGACUUUAAUCCAAGUAAGCAGGAUCCGACGGCAAUAACACGCGAUGAUUUGGCUGGAAAGCUUACCAAUUGCCUUGUUGCCACGCCCGUUUUUGCCGAAUGGACAGUUGUGUUGGCUGUGGAAAAGCUGGAAAGUGACUUGGUUGUAGCCAAACUGGAUUCUAUUGAGCUUUUGCAUCAGGCCGCCUUAAAAUUCCCACCGGAUGUUUUGGAGCCACAUUUCGAACAAAUUUGGCAAGCUCUGAAAGCGGAAACAUUUCCGGGUGGUGACAAUGUUGAGAUUGUGAGCAUGGCAUUGAAGGCGCUGGCUGCGUUACUUGAACGUGCGGCCACCGUGCCUAGCAUAAGUCAAAACUAUCAAACAAUUGUGCUGGGCGUGGUGCUGCCCCAUCUAACCGAUGUAAAUCAGCGUCUCUUCAAUCCGGCCACUGCCAUAGCACUGGUAUGUGUGGCUGGCGAUGCACGCUAUGCCGCCGGCAGAAUCCUUAACAGUUUUCUGCUUAAGCUACAGGCGGCAGCUGCACAGACGCCUGGCAGCAUAAGCGCAGAGCAGCGCAACAAGUUGUAUCAUAUUAUAGCUCAGGUCUACAAGUUGACGGGACUGCGUCAGGCACUGGAACAGCUGGACAGUCGCACAACGCUGGCCAUUCAAACGGAUGUAAUUGCAACGCUCCGCCUGUUCGAGCAGGAGGGUUUUGAUGAUAAGCAACUGGAUCUGCAGCGUGCGUCGUUGGCGGUUCUAAAUGAGUGCGUGCCUGUGCUAAGCGAGGCACAGCGAGCGCUCGUCUAUAAGGCUCUGGUACAGCUGAUUAGUCAUCCCAGCAUUAAUUUGGACUUCACAUAUCUGACAGUGCAGUUGGGCGCUUUGCAGCCCGUCGAGUUGCAGUCUAAUUUUAUAGAUAUUUGCAUACGCAACUUUGAGAUCUUUUCCAACUUCAUAAAGCGGAAAAUUUAUGCGAAUUUGUUACCCCUCCUACCCCAAAUGGCCUUUACGCAGCGUAUCCUCGACUUAGUGAUGACACAGGUUUUCAAAACAACGACACCUGAUCAUGUCCGUCUGCUGGCCUUGGAGGCGCUGAACACAUUGCUCACGCAGGAGGACCAGAGGUUUGUUGUUGAGCUGCAGCAGAACUCCAAUCUGAUACACAAACUCAUUGAGUUGGCCCAGCAGACGAGCCCCUUACCCCUGGAGGCGCUGGAUCAAAUCGCUGCCGCUCUUAGCCACAUUAUCCAACAGCUACCCGUUUCCGAGCAGUACGCUAUUGUUAGUGAAUAUUUGCCGAACCUGCAGCUGCAAGUGGCUGCCGAUUUAUAUGUAGCCAAGGGUCUGUUGGCCUAUCUGCACAAGGACAUUAGCCUGGAUGAUCAUUUCGAGCGAUUGCUGCACGAUCUCACGGACUUGUCCCUCCACACGCAAAACGAACAAUUGCGGGUCAUCGCUCAUCAUCUGCUUUGCAGCUUAGUGAACAAAAUCGAAUACAAUCAGGCCAACCAUAGCAAGCUUUUGGUCACCAUACACAAACUUAAGACGGCAAUCAAGGCGGGCGAUGUGCGUGCCGUCGAGGUCUUGGCCUGGAUAACAAAGGGCCUGAUCGUUAGCGGCUUUGCUGACGCAGCGGAAAUUGUGGGCGAUCUGGCCGAACUCUUGGAUCAUCCAACGCUGAGCACAGGAGCUGCCUUGGCCUUUGAUAUAAUAUCGGCGGAGUAUCCGGAACUGGAUCUGCCUGUGGUUAAAUACCUGUACAAACAGAAAUUCUUCCACACUAUACUCAACAAGCUGGGCAACAAGCUGGCCGCUUAUUGUGUUCAUCACCUGAAGGCCUUUAUCUAUGUUCUCAAGGCUACGCCGCACCCUGUACUGAAGCUGAAUAUUGAAAAAUUGGGUCCGCUGCUCUUCAAAAGUCUAGAGUAUACAGAGGCGCAGACAUUAUGCAUUGCAUUGGGCAUAUGCGAGAAUUUUGUGAGACAACAAGAUGUCUAUUUUCAGGCGCACUUGGGCCACCUAAUACCCAGCUGCCUAGAGCUGUCCAAAUAUAAGGAGCAUCACACAAUGCAAGUGCGAAUUUCUGCGCUUCAGCUGCUCUACGACUGCACCAAAUAUCCCACUUUUGUGCUGCUGCCGCACAAAGUAGAUGUAACGUUGGCCCUCGCCUCGGCAUUGGACGAUCCGAAGCGUUUGGUUCGAAAUAUGGCAGUGAAGGCGCGCAACGCUUGGUAUUUAGUGGGCGCGCCCAGUGGAGAUUAGCGGCGCCAAAUUGUUAACGUUAUAGUAAUGGCAAACUAUUUUUAUAUAACCCAUAAAAUGCACAAACUUAUGGCCAA